UGUUAACGGGCGACUGGAUGUACAAUCAGUUGCAGUCUUAUACCACAGCAGAAUGACAAUCUAAAGAUAGGUAGAUUGUGUCCCCUACAAUAAGAAUGACAGAAGUAGGAUAUUAUCGUAGUUAGUUGAUCUCAGAAUCUGAAACCAUGCCAUGGGCGACAAGAAAAUGGAAUUUCAGAGCGUUGAUGUUGAUUUUGAAGCGGUUUUUAAUUAUCUCAACAAUCCUAUAUAGUGUGAUUUAUUUAAUUUUUGAUACACGUUAUAGUCGUCGAAUAGCACACUCUUUAACGGCCAGUGUACCCCGUUAUGUUUUUCCACUAGACAAUAAUAUGUCGAUAAAUAUAUCCGAUAUUUACCGCCCAAUACGUACAAAAACACUGUAUCCAUUAACUCAAUCACGUGACUAUUUGCUUAAUAAUAUCAGCAUCUGUGAUACAGAAAUAUCGAUUUUAUUUAUUAUCCACUCUGCUAUUGACAAUUUCGAACAACGGCAAAGAGUUCGUUCAACGUAUGCCUUAAGGAAACGAUAUUUACCAAAUGAAGUACGAGUUAUUUUCUUACUGGGCAGGAAGAUCGAUAAUGGACGCCAAGGGGAGAUAAUCCGGGAACACGGAGAACACGGUGAUAUAAUUCAAGGUGAUUUUAUAGAUAGUUAUCAUAAUUUAACCCAUAAAGGUGUGAUGGGAUUAAGGUGGGUGUCAGAAAAUUGUAGAAGUGUUAAAUACACCAUUAAACUGGACGAUGAUGCGGUAUUUGAUACGAAACUUUUCUUCGAUAAAAUGUUUGAAAAAUAUGGUGGAAGAAAGAGGACAAUGUGGUGUACAGUUUGUUACAGAAGUGGUAUUUUUCGCGAAGGAAAGUGGAAAGUUCGUAAGGAUGAAUUUAAAGGGUACAAAAGAUGGCCGUGGGCUUAUUGUGCUGGAUUUGCUGUCAUUAUCACGGGGGAUUUACCUCCUGCUUUAUACCGUUCCUCUUUAGCUUCCCCAUUUUUCUGGAUCGACGAUGUCUAUCUUUUUGGAAUGUUACCUCAUCGAGUCGGUGGUGUAGGAUUGAAAAGUUUACCCCCAGACGCUACACUACAACCGGCAUACACUGCCGGAGUGUCUUGUCUACGGCGAGGAAAGGGUUGUCAAACUCUCACUGUUGGGGCCAAAACCCGUACAGAAUUUGAUGAGGUAUGGAAUUUGAUGACAAAGCGUCAUUAGGCAUGAUCAGAAACACCCAGGCCAGGGAGGAGCGUAGUGAUGUGUAUUCACAUACGUACACCAAUUCACCGAUUGUGCUUAAUUAUUAUAAAAAGAAAUUCGUGUAAAAUGUAGGUGGCGAUUUAACAUAAUAUUUCACACACAAAAAUAAGUUAUAUUCUUGUCAAAAAAGAUCUUGAACAUCAGGAAUCUCGUGACCAGUUCAGUCAUUUUCAAGAGUGAUACAAGUACGCUGGUGAAACCGUCGACGAUUCUAUGCUGAUACGUAUAGUAAAUAUGAUCAUACAGGAAAUCCGAUUCGUCUAAUUUAGAAGAAAUUUGUCAGUUCUCGAAGACCAAUUGGUUUCAUUACAGAGGUCAGGAAGCGACACACCUGGUAUCUGUAUCUGGUGUCAGUGCCUGUGGACAUUGGAAGCAUGCGCACGAUAUGCGCUGGUAAUGCCGUCCUUGGUCAAAACGCGUGACCAUGAUGUUGUGGCCUUUUGGUAGAUAGGAGACUACCCCCUAUUAAUCUGAAAUAUAGUAUUAAAUUAAAUCUUUACUGGGUUAAUACAUUGACAUAUUUCAAUGGUAUAAAGGUUUUUUUUCAUUAUUAUUUUUGGUUCAGUUGUUUGAGACCAUUUAUAUUAUAACUAGCAUAUAUAUUUUUUAAUAUAGGGAUUUAUACUUAAUAGUUAUUUUAAAUAUUUUAAUUCAUAUGUUUACAAUUACAUGCAGUAUAUAUUUACUUGCUCUAACCCUCCAUAUUUUGGGGGAUCUAUCUCCUAGAUUGCAUAGCCAACUUGCCUCUAUAGUUGAACGAUAUUAUAUUAAAUGAGUCAAAUUGCAUUGGAUUAAAUUGUUUUUAUAACUGGUUAGUUAUACUAUACUCAGCCAAAUUAAAAACUUGACACUCGGGAUUUUUGGGACUAGAUUUUUAAUAUUUGGUUUAGUGUUAUGUUGUGCACAGACGACCUUGACAUCAACAGAAAGCAAGAAUACGUCUCUCCGAAAGUCCUUGACAUCGAUAACGUUCGUGGUGUCACAGUACCCCCCAAAAUGAAAUUCACAGACUUGGAGAACAAUCGGAAUAAAGUGUUUAGUAACGGUUGUGGCCUCAUCUAGCGUCUUGUACUGCCACACAACGUCUUCUCAUGGAUCUCAGAACAUUAGUAAACACUACCCGAGGAAGACGUCGCCACUGCUCAGCAAGAGCAUGUUGAAGGUCCUGCAACGUCAGUGGUGGAUUAAGGUCGUGGCUAAGCGACGGCCAAUCCAGGACUUGGACACCGGCAUUUCUUAAAAAAUUCUGGGUAGCAAUUGCUGUAUGGGGUCGAACAUUGUCUUGUUGAAACGUUAGUCCAGGCCCAUGUCUCUGGGCCUCCGAGCUCGAAGACCAGCAGUCUGCAAGCGAUUUUGAACAGUUUGUGUAGUUACCCUUCCACCAAACAUCUCUCUACUUGUGGAGGUUGCAGUGACAAAUCUGUUUCUAAGAUGACGUAAUCGUAUUGCUUGAUCUUCCUGAAGUGACGUCACACGUGGCGCUCCCGCCCUUGGGCGGUCGGCAAUAGUUCCAGUUUGAAGCACUCUCAUUCUAAGAUUAAUUAUUGUCUGGCGUGAACAAUUAAAGGCUCUUGCAACAGUGACCACAGACUGACCAGCAUAGAGCCUACCUAUAGCACGUAGACGUUCUACAUUUGAAAGGCGCGGCAUUUUCUAACAAAGAUGAAAAUAACAAUUUUAAUUUGUUUUUCCAGUUCAAGUUACGUGUGCGUGUUCAGUUUAAGCAAACUUGCACCGAUUGACCUCACGAGUUUGUGUUUGCACGUGUUUUUCAGGUUUUUCAUCUUUAUAUGCUCAAAAGUUUUUUUUCCAGUUCAAGUUACGUGUGCGUGUUCAGUUUAAGCAAACUUGCACCGAUUGACCUCACGAGUUUGUGUUUGCACGUGUUUUUCAGGUUUUUCAUCUUUAUAUGCUCAAAAGUCACGUGAUCCACGUGACUUUACAAUUUUAUGAAAUUAAAGGCUUCUUACUUCUUACUUUCGUUAGAAACACUUUAAAGUUUACUUGACUUACCAGAAAAAAAAUUCGUUGAAAUUCAUCAGUGUCAAGUUUUUAAUUUGGCUGAGUAUAUAUUCAAGUCCUUGAAAUGCUAUAUGAAAGAUUUAGAUAAAAUAGUGUGACCAAGUUGUUUCUGGUCUUAUUAUAUUAAGUUUGAGUCCAGAUAACAUCUUUGUUAUAUAUUCUUAUAUUUAUUAUUAAAGAUGUUAAAUUCUAUGUAAAAUAAAAUAUGAAUUUUUAAAGAUGUUAAAUUCUAUGUAAAACAAAAUAUGAUUUGGAAAUCGAAACAUGUAAUUUAUUUAUUAAUAUGUAAUGGUUGUAAUGGCAAGUACAUUGGAAAAACUACCGAUCAGUUGAAUUUACAAAUUAACCAACAUCUUUCUAAUAUAAAACUCACAAGAAAUAGAGUCUUGCCGCUGAGCGAACAUUUGGAUAUUUGUUGUAAAGGUCAAUUCAAGAUUUUUCCUUUGUGCAAGCUCAAUAUCCUGUAGUGCUAUCAGAUUUCUUUCCUUGUUGUGUUGGUUUCCUUCGGGAAGGUAAUAUAUAACACUACAGGUUAAAUGGUUCUUACAAUAGCUUCGAAGGUUCCUCGUUCUCAAUAAACAAUUACUGCUUGGAAUACCUGGGUGAGCUCUGACCAGUCUCGCGCAACACCCUCUUUUAUAACCCCCUAAUUUCUGCACGUCUUAGAUUAGCCUUGACGUUAAUUUCCAGCCCAAAUAUGGAAUAAACAUCUUUAUUUCUCAAGACCAGAGGGGGGAACAUUACCUUAUUUGGGCUAGCAACCAUAGGUCAAUAAACAGAUAGAAUUUGAUGAAUACAUGUGUUUUUUGACAAUGGUUAGGAUUUUACCAAAAUAUCACGUUUUUUAUAUAUAAAUAUAUCAUUAAGGACCUGUGAUUUGACUCUAUAGAAAGAGUGAAGCAAAAUUUUUUCAAACAACCAAUAUUGUUUUAAGGACCAAAGUACUACAAUUAGUAAUAAUGAUCUUUUGGAAACAAAAGAAAAAAACUUUAUCGCUAAAUUAUAACCCAAUUUUGAAUGCUAAGGGGUGAUAAUUUAAAUUACGUUUGAUGUUUAAUUAAUGCUAUUUCGUUUUAGUUUUUAUAUUUUACAUAGUCAUUUUCCUCUGUUAUGAAGUGACCCCUACGCGCAAGCGAAUUAUGUAAAUAAAAUUAAACCAUAUGUUAGUCCCGAAAUGACUUAGUUUGUGUCGAGUGGACGUUAAACCCCAUUUCUCUCUCUCUCUCUGUUAUGAAGUGUUGUUAUUGUAAGAGCAUAGUAACGCAUUAAAAUAGCCUGACGAUUCGUGUGAUAACGAUGAAAGUACUAGCCAUAAAGUUAAUUUUAGCGUUUUUCUCUAAUAUUUGAAUUUUACUUUAUAUAUACAUGUAUAUAUUAUACUGCUGUAUAUUUCUUUAUCUUUCUCUAGAUGAAAAAAAUAUCAAAACACUCUAGGUUUAAGAGACAAUCAACCAUAAAUAUUUAACAGGCCAGACAUUGGUCUUAAGUUUCUAAUGCUUAAUUGAUAAAAACAGGUCAAAAUGUCAGACUUCUUGUUCUAUGAUAUAUUUCGAGGUAGCACAUCAUACGUAACAACCAACGGACGCUAUAAUAUUAUUGGAUGGUCAGCUGUAAUAACAGUUUCGUUUAAACCCCAUCUACAACUAUGGUGAAUUACAAGUCUUCACUUUAUUGCACGAUGCUGAUUGUGCCUGACUUGUGCCUGACACUUUUACAGAAUGAUUACUAUGAAAACAUGUUUUUAUGACCGUAAUAUAAAAAGUUAAAUUUAUUACAGUUUUUAAGAAUGGUAUUUAAUGCUGUUUUUUCUAUUGCAAUCUGUGAUAUUUAAAUAUAUACAUAUACGUGUUGAUUUAUUAUAUUAGAUAUUUAUAUUUGAAAAUUAUAUGAUCAUAUAAUGUUAUUAGGUUAAAAUCGAAAAUACUACUUAGACGUACGGGGAAUGUUCGUCAAGGUAUUAUUUCGAGACUUCAUGGAAAUAAUGAGAUGCAGGCUAUUUUUAUACCAGUGCGCCCAUUAUGUUCAUCUGGUGCUAUAAUGUAGUCGCCAUUGUUAACAUUUUGUAUAAUUUGUAUUGAUCAUAGUUAAGAUAUUUUGGGUAGCGCUUAUAUUCAUUUAGAUGUGGGAAUUUAAAUAAGGAUAUUGGUUUAAAGGAGCUAAAUCGCUAACAUUUGGGACCUAGAAAUUCACAAAAGUGGGUCGCAACGCAUAUAAUACUGUAAUAUGAAUGUAUAUAAACUGAUUUACAUUUAA